AUGAAGCCCUUCUCGCGGAGCCUGCAGCGAGAUCUGGACGCCGCGGCCGGCGGGUCGCUGCCGGAGAGCGGGGCCUACGACACCGACCAGUACAUGCUCGGCCUCAUCUUCCACGCCCGGAUGCGGCGGCACGAGUGCCUCACUGCCGACCCCGCGGCGGCCGCCGUGGUGUACGUCCCGUUCUACGCCGGGCUCGACUCGGCGAUGCACCUGGGGAGCAAGGACCUCGCGGCGCGGGACGCCCUGUCGCGGGACGUGGUGGACUGGCUGGCGCAGCGGCCAGAGUGGCGCGCCAUGGGCGGGCGCGACCACUUCCUGGUGUCCGGGCGGGGCACGUGGGACUUCAUCGUCAGCCCCGACGCCGUCGGCUGGGGCAACGCGCUCAUGACCUUCCCGGCGAUCCUCAACGCCACGUUCCUCACCACCGAAGCCAGCCCAUGGCACGGCAACGACUUCGCCGUGCCGUUCCCGUCGCACUUCCACCCGUCGUCCGACGCCGAGGUGGUCGGCUGGCAGGACCGCGUGCACCAGAUGGACCGCCCGUUUCUCUGGGGCUUCGCCGGCGGGGCCCGCGGCGGCAGCCAGCGCACGGUGCGCGCCCAGAUCAUGGAGCAGUGCGGCAGGUCGAGCCGGUGCGCACUGCUCGGCGUGCCGGCGCCGGGGCACUACGCGCCGGGCCGCGCCAUGCGGCUGCUGGAGAGCGCCGAGUUCUGCGUGCAGCCGCGCGGCGACGGGUACACGCGCAAGUCCACCUUCGACACCAUCCUCGCCGGCUGCAUCCCGGUCUUCUUCCACCCCAUCUCCGCCUACCUCCAGUACAUCUGGCACCUGCCCAGGGACCACCGGAGCUACUCGGUGUUCAUCCCGCACGGCGACGUGGUCGAGCGGAACGCCAGCAUCGAGGAGGUGCUGAGCAGGAUACCGCCGGCGAAGGUGGCGCAGAUGCGGGAGCGGGUCAUCCGGCUCAUCCCCACCGUGCUGUACCGGCACCCGGCGGCCAAGGGCGUGACGUUCAAGGACGCGUUCGACGUCGCCCUCGAGCGCGUCAUCGACCGGGUGGCGAAGCGCCGGCGCGCCGCCGCCGAGGGACGGGAGUACGUGGACAGCGUCGACGGAAAAUAUAGCUGGAAGUACGACCUGGCACAAGAUAGGGAGAAAAUGUUGGCCCCGCACGAGUUCGAUCCAUAUAUCAACACGUAA